CAGGGAAGCAGCUCUGGGCUCUGAUAGUCGAGAAGGGAAAGCCGGGACUAAAGGAAACGUGCCUAGGACAGAGGAGGACUGUGUCCGUUUGGGUCCAGUCAGCUUCGACGGGAAAGAGUAAAGGGGGGGUGGCGUGAAGGAGGAAGUGAAACGGGUUCUGGGUUCUUUAAGGGAGUAGGCGGUGAGAGUGGGACAGGGGUGAUGUCACUGCCUGUUGGGCCCCGCCCUCCUCACCCUCCCAAAGGACCCCCCCCUUACACACACAGCUUCCGCUGCGCAAGUGGCCACGUCACGGGCAACCCCCGAAAUCCCCCCUCCCUUGGGGGGGUGGGGGCCACGUGGGCCGUGGGGAACCGCGUGGCCCCGACAGGGAAGGGGCAUAGAGGAAACAGGAGCCACGCGAGAAGGGCCACUCCACGGGUGCGCAGCUUCCCAGAAGUUGGAGGGCUUGUGGGGGACUGGCUUAGGGGGGGCCGACCGAUGUUGAAGACUCAGCCAGGGAAAGUGGAGAAGCUGGAGGAGCUUGGCUGUUACUGAGGCGGAGACAAGGGUGAUGAUUGGCUUUCUGGGGAGAGAGAAGUCUUGUGAUUGGCUAAAUCUCUGAAGCGUUUGAAGCUGAGAGGACGCUCCCACGGAGGCUGGGUUAGCAGCCGCGCGAAUUGGUUGUGGAAGGCCAGAGACUGCCACCUGGAAACAGUGGGCACUCUUGUUAAGAGCAAUUGGAGCGGGACCAUCGUGCCAGAGAGCUGGGGCAGGGGGUCGUGCCCCGUCUCCAGGGCUCCUGGGGCCACUGCUGACCUGGCUGGAUGCAUCGGGCAGUGGACCCUCCAGGGGCCCGCUCUGCACGGGAAGCCUUUGCCCUUGGGGGCUUGAGCUGUGCUGGGGCUUGGAGCGCCUGCCCACCCCAUCCUCCUCCUCGAAGCUCAUGGCUGCCUGGAGGCAGAUGCUCUGCCAGCAUCGGGCAGCCCCCACUCCCUGCUCCUUUACCCCCGUCACAUGGCAGUAACUCCGGGCACCCAAACAAACCCUAUUAUGCUCCUGGGACACCUUCCCCUAGACCCCUCCACGGGAAGCUGGAAUCUCUGCAUGGCUGUGUACAGGCACUGGUCCGGGAGCCAGCCCAGCCCGGGUUGUGGGAACAGCUUGGACAACUGUAUGAGUCAGAGCAUGACAGUGAGGAGGCCGUAUGCUGCUACCACAGGGCCCUUCGAUAUGGAGGAAGCUUUGCUGACCUGGGGCCCCGAAUUGGCCGUUUGCAGCAGGCCCAGCUCUGGAACUUUCAUGCUGGUUCCUGUCAGCACCGAGCCAAGGUCCUGCCCCCGCUGGAGCAAGUAUGGAAUUUGCUGCACCUUGAGCACAAACGGAACUACGGGGCUAAGCGAGGGGGUCCUCCCGUGAAGCGAUCUGCUGAACCCCCAGUGGUACAGCCUAUGCCUCCAGCAGCACUCUCCAGCUCCUCAGGAGAGGAGGGCCUCAGCCCUGGAGGCAAGCGGAGAAGAGGCUGCAGCUCUGAACAGGCUGGCCUUCCCCCGGGUCUGCCACUCCCUCCACCACCAUUACCACCACCCCCACCACCCCCUCCUCCACCCCCACCGCCACCCCCGCUGCCUGGCCUGGCUGUUAGCCCUCCAUUUCAGCUGACUAAGCCAGGGCUGUGGAAUACCCUGCAUGGAGAUUCUUGGGGCCCCGAGCGCAAGGGUUCGGCACCCCCAGAGCGCCAGGAGCAGCGGCACCCGCUGCCUCACCCAUAUCCAUACCCGGCUCCUGCCUACACUGCUCAUCCGCCCAGCCACCGGCUGGUCCCAGCCACACCCCUUGGUCCAGGUCCCCGACCCCCAGGAGCAGAGAGCCAUGGCUGCCUGCCUGCCACCCGUCCCCCCGGAAGUGACCUUAGAGAGAGCAGAGUUCAGAGGUCGCGGAUGGACUCCAGCGUUUCACCAGCAGCAUCUACCGCCUGCGUGCCUUACGCCCCUUCCCGGCCCCCUGGCCUCCCUGGCACCAGCAGCAGCAGUAGCAGUAACAACACUGGUCUUCGGGGUGUGGAGCCGAGCCCAGGCAUUCCUGGCGCUGACCAUUACCAAACUCCUGCGCUGGAGAUUUCCCCUCACCAGGCCCGCCUAGGGCCCUCGGCACACAGCAGUCGGAAACCAUUUUUGACAGCCCCUGCUGCCACUCCCCACUUAUCCCUACCACCUGGGACACCAUCAUCCCCUCCACCCCCCUGUCCUCGCCUCUCACGCCCUCCACCACCCCCUGCUUGGAUGAAGGGCUCAGCCUGCCGCUCAGCCCGAGAGGAUGGAGAGAUCUUAGGGGAGCUCUUCUUUGGUGCUGAGGGACCUACCCGUCCUCCCCCGCCUCUUCCCCACCGUGAUGGCUUCUUGGGGCCUCCAACCCCCCGCUUUUCUGUGGGCACUCAGGAUUCGCAUACCCCUCCCACUCCCCCAACCACCACCACCAGCAGCAGCAGCAGCAGCAGCAGCAGCAGCAGCAGCAGCCGUCACAGCAGUAGGCCUACUGGGCCUGCACCCUUCCCUCCACCCCCCUAUCUGGCCAGAAGUAUAGACCCCCUUCCCAGGCCAUCUAGCCCAGCACUGAGCCCCCAGGACCCACCUCUUCCACCACUGACUCUUGCCCUGCCUCCAGCCCCUCCCUCCUCCUGCCACCAAAAUACCUCAGGAAGCUUCAGGCGCUCGGAGAGCCCCCGGCCCAGGGUCUCCUUCCCAAAGACCCCCGAGGUGGGGCAGGGGCCACCCCCCGGCUCUCUGAGUAAAGCCCCCCAGCCUGUGCCACCUGGGGUUGGAGAACUGCCUGCCCGAGGCCCGAGGCUCUUUGAUUUUCCACCAACUCCACUGGAAGAUCAAUUUGAAGAGCCAGCUGAGUUCAAGAUCCUACCUGAUGGGCUGGCUAACAUCAUGAAGAUGCUGGAUGAAUCCAUCCGAAAGGAGGAGGAGCAGCAACAGGAGGCAGGCACGGUGCCCCCACCCCCACUCAAAGAGCCCUUUGCAUCUCUACAGCCUCCAUUUCCCAGUGACACAGCCCCAACCACCACUGCUGCUGCCACCACUGCCACCACCACCACCACCACUACCACCACGACCACCAUCCAAGAAGAGGAGAAGAAGCCACCACCAGCCCUGCCACCACCACCGCCUCUAGCCAAGUUUCCUCCACCUCCCCAGUCUCAGCCCCCACCGCCUCCACCAGCCAGCCCGGCCAGUCUGCUCAAGUCAUUGGCCUCUGUUCUUGAGGGACAAAAGUACUGUUACCGGGGGACUGGAGCAGCUGUCUCAGCCAGGCCCGGGUCCUUGCCCACCGCUCAGUAUUCCCCUAGUCCUGCAUCAGGUGCUACCGCCCCCCCACCCACUUCAAUGGCCCCUAGCGCCCAGGGCUCCCCCAAGCCCUCUGUUUCCUCGUCAUCUCAGUUCUCUACCUCAGGCGGGCCUUGGGCCCGGGAGCGCAGGGCAGGUGAAGAGCCAACACCAGGCCCUGCGGCCCCUGCCCAGCUGCCCCCAUCUCUGCCGCUGCUCCCUGCUCGUUCUGAGUCUGAGGUGCUAGAAGAGAUCAGUCGGGCUUGUGAGACCCUUGUCGAGCGGGUGGGCAGGAGUGCCACCCAUCCUGCAGACCCAGUGGACAUAGCAGAGCCAGUGGACAGUGGGACCGAGCCACUGCUGCCUCCUGCACAGGCUAAGGAGGAGAGUGGUGGGGUGGCGGUGGCAGUGGCAGCAGCGGGUCCAGGUAGUGGCAAGCGUCGGCAGAAGGAGCAUCGGCGGCACAGACGGGCCUGUAGGGACAGUGUGGGUCGUCGACCCCGUGAAGGGAGGGCUAAGACCAAGGCCAAGGCUCCCAAAGAAAAGAGCCGAAGGGUGCUGGGGAACCUGGACUUGCAGAGUGAAGAAAUCCAGGGCCGGGAGAAGGCCCGGCCGGACUUAGGUGGGGCUUCCAAAGUCAAGACACCCACAGCUCCAACGCCCCCACCUGUUCCUGCACCCUCUGCUCAGCCAACAACCCCAGCAGCCCCCGUCCCUGGGAAGAAGACUCGAGAGGAUGCUCCAGGGCCCCCAGGGGUGAGCCGGGCAGAUAUGCUGAAGCUCCGGUCACUUAGCGAGGGGCCCCCCAAGGAGUUGAAGAUCAGGCUCAUCAAGGUGGAGAGCGGUGACAAGGAGACCUUUAUUGCUUCUGAGGUGGAGGAACGGCGGCUGCGCAUGGCAGACCUCACUAUCAGCCACUGUGCUGCUGAUGUCAUGCGUGCCAGCAAGAAUGCCAAGGUGAAAGGGAAAUUUCGAGAGUCCUACCUUUCCCCUGCCCAGUCUGUGAAACCGAAGAUCAACACUGAGGAGAAGCUGCCCCGGGAGAAGCUCAACCCCCCCACCCCCAGCAUUUAUUUGGAGAGCAAACGGGACGCCUUCUCGCCAGUGCUGCUGCAGUUCUGUACAGACCCUCGCAACCCCAUCACCGUGAUCAGGGGCCUGGCUGGCUCACUUCGGCUCAACUUAGGCCUUUUUUCCACCAAGACCCUGGUGGAAGCAAGCGGCGAGCACACAGUGGAGGUCCGCACCCAAGUGCAGCAGCCCUCAGACGAGAACUGGGACCUGACGGGCACGAGACAGAUCUGGCCCUGCGAGAGCUCCCGCUCACACACCACCAUUGCCAAGUACGCACAGUACCAGGCGUCAUCCUUCCAGGAGUCGCUGCAGGAGGAGAAGGAGAGCGAGGAUGAAGAGUCGGAGGAACCAGACAGCACCACGGGGACCCCUCCCAGCAGUGCACCGGACCCCAAGAACCAUCAUAUCAUCAAGUUUGGCACUAACAUCGACCUGUCUGAUGCCAAGAGGUGGAAGCCCCAGCUACAGGAGCUGCUGAAGCUACCUGCCUUCAUGAGAGUAACAUCCACAGGCAACAUGCUCAGCCAUGUGGGCCACACCAUCUUGGGCAUGAACACCGUGCAGCUAUAUAUGAAGGUCCCUGGCAGCCGAACGCCAGGCCACCAAGAGAAUAACAAUUUCUGCUCUGUCAAUAUCAACAUUGGCCCCGGGGACUGUGAGUGGUUCGCAGUACACGAGCACUAUUGGGAGACCAUCAGCGCCUUCUGCGAUCGGCAUGGUGUAGACUACUUGACUGGUUCCUGGUGGCCAAUCUUGGAUGACCUCUAUGCGUCCAAUAUUCCUGUUUACCGCUUCGUGCAGCGCCCUGGGGACCUUGUGUGGAUUAAUGCAGGGACUGUGCACUGGGUGCAGGCUACUGGCUGGUGCAACAACAUUGCCUGGAACGUGGGGCCCCUCACCGCCUAUCAGUACCAGCUGGCCCUGGAGCGCUACGAAUGGAACGAGGUGAAGAACGUCAAGUCCAUCGUGCCCAUGAUUCACGUGUCCUGGAACGUAGCUCGAACGGUCAAAAUCAGCGAUCCCGACCUGUUCAAGAUGAUCAAGUUCUGCCUCUUGCAGUCAAUGAAGCACUGCCAGGUGCAGCGGGAGAGCCUGGUGCGGGCCGGGAAGAAAAUCGCUUACCAAGGCCGCGUCAAAGACGAGCCUGCCUACUACUGCAACGAAUGCGAUGUGGAGGUGUUCAACAUCCUGUUCGUUACGAGUGAGAACGGCAGCCGAAACACGUACCUGGUGCACUGCGAGGGCUGUGCGCGCCGUCGCAGCGCGGGCCUACAGGGCGUGGUGGUGCUAGAGCAGUACCGCACCGAGGAGCUGGCACAGGCCUACGAUGCCUUCACGCUGGCUCCAGCCAGUACGUCGCGAUGAGGCCGGAUGCCCCGCUCGCCGCGGCGGGGCCACCAGCACACGCCUGGGCUGGACCUAGGUCCCGCCUCUGGCCGGGAAGGGGGUCGGGCCCAGCCCUUCCACCCUUAUUGGCAGCUCCCCUCACUUAAUUUAUUAAAAAAAAUUUUUUUAACAAA